AUGAUGCGUGAACGACGUGCUGUUGCAAAUGGCAAAACGCAACGAGCACUUCGGACCGAUGUCUAUUUGAAUCAUGAUGCUGGCUUGGAUAGUAGCGAUCGCGUUUCGCGAUCAUUCGAUCAAAUUGAUCGAAUGCCGCGAUAUUCGCGUAGCGAUGUUGACGCUCUGCCUUCAAUGCGUUUCAAUCGCGGACUUCCACCGCGUCCGCCUCGAUGA